AGAUUCCUCGCACCGUCUUGACAAGCACUCGAUUUGUCGUGAUCAGCAUCAACGCAUUCGUGCGUUCUUUCCCUUUGCAUACUAGUACAAUUUCAUGAGCAUACAGACGAGAGGUUCUGUUCGGCCUGCACAUACAUUUUAGAAUAGAAACGUUAUCUUCUUUUAGCUUCUUUUAGACCACUGUCGUUAUUGCGGUGUUCUUCUACAUUUUUUGCUCUUCGCUUUUUCCGUUGUUACCGCGCUUUCACAGGGUGCCGUCUUGACAAGUGAGGAGCAACAGGAGCGGACUCGUCUGCUUGUGAGCCCUCCUCCCCCCCCCCCAAAAAAAAAAAGACAAGUCAAACGAAAAAAUAGAAAAAAGACAGUACAGAAGGCGUGCCGUAUUCCUCGCUCCUUUUGGAAAAGAAAGCCAAGAAAAAGCAGAGCCACGCGUGCUUGUUAUUCCGUACCUCCCUGUUUCGUAGACGUCGUCAUGUCCGUGCUCGAAGCUCUUUUGAACUCACCGACGGACGACAUCGGCGAGUGCCCUCCUAUUCAAGGCCCUAGUGACGUGCAGCUUGUCUCGCUGAACCUCGAGGUCAUCCUCAACAAGUGCCUCUACUGCACCCGUCUUACGCUGCCCCUGCCACUGGAGGUGCUGCUUUCCAUUGUUGGGGACGCGGGGGAGGUGCAACCUGACAAGGUCUGCGCAGGUCUUCUUCACAUGGCAGAAGAAGGCACCUGCCUGGACCUCUUUUGCGAGUUGACCUCUCACCUGCUUUCGCGCAAAGCCGCGGCUCUGCGUCUCCAGUUUGAUGUGGAGUGCUUUUUCAAGGUGUUGCAGCUCUUCUGCUGCUCCGCAGCGCUGAAGGAUCGCCUCGGUGGCGGUCUGGGCAAGACGCUGUUGGGCUACAUGAAAGACUUCGAGAUGCACGGGGAUGACUACCGGGUGCACCGCAGCUGCUGCAGCGCGCUGAUCUCUCUCCUGCGGGGGUCGCCGGCGAAUAAGAGUCGAUUCGGUCCCGAGUGCGCCGUCAUCGCGGUCUGCCUCGAAAACGCCUCCGACUUCUUCUUCCAGAUGCAGUGCGUGGAGGUGCUGUACAGGCUGUACAAGCACAGAGCCAGCUUCCUGACCGACGUGCAGGCGUCCUCGUCAGCCGCCGGUCUUAGCCCCUACCUGCUGCGCGGCAUCGAGGAGCUGCCAAACGACAGUACGCUGCUGCUGAGCAUCCACCAGCUGCUGGACAACUACAACCGCGACGAGCACCCCGACCGCGUCGUCGCCUUUCCGGUGCUGCACAUGGAGGUGGAUGGUGUCGCGGUCUCGCGGGCCACCACCAUCUACUUCUCGCCGUUGCUGCUAGUGGUGCUGCUGACCGGUAGCAGCGCCACCGGCGGCUACCUCACCAUCCCGUAUGAGCACGUGCGCUCCGUGAAGCUGUCCAAGGACCACAAGCUCGAGCUACGCCUCUAUGUUGUUCCAGCGAAACUGGCCCUCGUCAUGAGUGUGGAGGGCGAAGGUCGCGAUAAGCUGCUCGUCUCCAUGACGCGCGCCACGAUGCACGAGCUGCGCACCUCAGUCGUGCAUCAGUGGGUGGGGGAGCGGAAGCGCAACGCACCGCGCCGCGUCGUGCAGCGCGUCCGACCACCGGCGUUGGUAGCACCUCAUAGCUCCCCCUCGAACUCAGGGCUAGCACAGGGGACACGGGAUCCGUCGUCGUCAAACGCCGGUAGUCGCCCUCGCGCGAGCUCUCGUCGCGCCACAGAGGAGGAGCCCCGAGGAAGAGGAGGUCGGAGUCAAGAAGAAGGCGCCGCAGACGAUGCGCAGGGCGGAGAAAACGGUGGCGAAGAGAACUUCUUGUCGGAGGUGCACCGCGCGGCCUCCGUCAAGGCGGCGCGCUACCGCGAGGAGCAACAGGCGCACGUGCAGCGUGCCGUGGACGCCGUGAAGGGCGAGUUAGACGACCUGCGGCGCGGGAAUGCGCGGGAGCGGGAUCAAUAUGAGGCCAGUUUUCGCGAAGACAUGGAGGUGGUGCGGCGGUCCGAGGCUGUCUUGAAGGAGAGCGCCGCGGAGUGCGUGCAGGCGUUAAACGGGGAGUUGGACGAUGUGCAGGCACUGGGGGCGUUGCUGAAGGCGGAGGUGGACCGGCUGCGCGAGAAGCUGGCGAAGUCGCUCGGUAAGUCGGAAGGCGUAGAGGAAGCCUUCUUGGUGCGCAUUAAACAAAGCGUGGACACCCGCAUGCGAGAGAUGGAAGAGACGCUGUUCACGGUGGCGUCAUCUGCUGCUGGCGCUGGUGCUGCCGCGUCUCCCUCCCCGUCCACGUCCGUGGCGGGGUCGUCGCUGGAGGCAGUGACACAGUACAUCACGCAGCAGAUGCAGACGAUCAGCAAUGCCAAACUGGCGCCUGGUGAGCUUCAGCGAGAGGUGGGCCAGCCACACGCAGUAAAGUCGCGCCGCUUGGACUAG